AGCACUCGAGCAACCACGGCACACAGAUGCUGUAGCACCAGGGGGGUACAGACCGGUGACUGUGGCCCAGCUGGGGCCACAUCCAUGACGUGCCCAGGGACUGGGGGCAGCCGGGGGGGCACGGCCUGCUGGGCACCAGGGGUUUGGGCAGGAGUGGCACACUGUGCCCUGGGCACUGCAGAAAACAGCAAGAAGAUCGCCUAAGCCUGCCCGGCCGGGGCUGAGAGGGGGCAGGGCAUGCUCGGAGCAUUUUGGAGCAGGGCGAGCUGUGGGCAGGGAGAGCUGGGGUGCGAGGGGCUGCAGGGACAGUGUGGGGAGCCCCGCUGGGGCUGGGUGACCCAGAGGGACAGGGCGGACACGAAAAGCACCGGAGAGAAGCUGUGGCCAAGGCGGGGGGGGGGGGGGCGGAUUUGGCAGCCUGCCACAGGGGAAAGCAGCGCCAGCAGAGGUGUGGGCCCCUCCCGAUGGGGGUAACGCUGCGGAUUGCUGCUGGGGGCUCUGCCCUUGGGAAGGAGCAGGCUGUGCCCAGCGCCGCGCAGGGGGAGGAAAUCUCCCAUCCACCGGCAAUUAAAGAGGAGAUAAGCAGAGAUGGGCACAUCCAUCCUCCUCCUGCCCUGGGGCCACAGCCGUCCCCGCCCCAUCCCAACCCCAAACCAUCCCCAUCUCCAUCCCCAUCUCCAUCCCGUCCCCAUCCCGCAGUGGAUGGGCGAGUGCCGGUGCCUGGCCCCUACCCGCACCCUUGGGUGCUGCUCUGGGGGUGCAGGGAGGCAGCGACCACCCCCCGGGACGAGGCAGCCCCACCACGGGCACAGAGCCCCCAAAGCUCCCCAGGGCCGGAGCAGCGCCCUCACGCAGGGAGGCAGAAAGCCGCCAACCUGCUCGGCCAGCUAAAAAUACGUCCCGGGGAGGACUUGAUUGCAGGGUUUGGGCCCUCGCAGACAGAAAACAGCCGGCGCCACGGGCUCCGAUGCGGCGAGGGGAGGCAGCGCUGGCGCCGGCACCGGGCAGGUUCCCGGGCACGUGGCCGUGCCGCCCUCACCACUGCCACCGCUGUGCCACUGUCCCCGUCCCCCAGCCCUCCCGAACGAGCCGAACCCUUCGGGUGCAGCCGGGGGCACAGCUGGCCUGGGGAGCUCACCGGGAGGGCACGCUGUCCCCUCUGCCACGGCCACACGUGCCGUGGGUGGCGCUCCCCCUCUCCUGGCAGCGCACCGCUGCCACCAGCACCGAGUGACAAUUGGCGCUGGGCAGGCGAGUGGCGCGCGGUUUGUCAGCCGAGCUGCGAGAUCAAGGGCGGACGGGCGGACCCAGCUUGAACGCAUUUCAGGCUUUCUCCCGGUAAUGAAAAGAAAACACUUCGUCUUAUUAGAAAAAUAAAGGAAUUAGACGCGGCUAAACUCAGCAUUGUUUGAGAGUGAGGAAUCACUGAAAAGAAGUAUUUUGAUUUUUUUUUAGCAUUUUUCCCCCAAUUAUUUUUGGCCGACGAGCGAUUCUGGCUGACCUGAAUCUGAAAUUUUUUUGGCGAGCGAACCAUGCUGAGGAAAAUGUGUGCUGCGGUCCCCUGGCCUGUGCCGAGCCUUGCGCUGGGCUAUGCGGGACGAGAAGGGGCAGCGAGCGCGGGGCUGGCCCUGCCACCAGCACCUGCACGGCGUCCCCACGUCCCCAGCCCCAUCUCCUCAGCCGGGCUUGGAGCAGAGCGAAGCAGCAGCGAGGGGCUGCGUGCGUGGCCCUGGCCGUGGCCGCGGUGCCGCAGGCUGCAGUGCUGCUCGUGGCCAGCGUGCGGCUGCACCGGGGCUGUGCCGCGCCGCCCUGCGGCUGCGGGAACCGCCCGCGUCCCUGCGUCCCUACGUCCCUACGUCCCCUGCGUCCCCCUGCCCCAGAGCAGGGCAGCAGACCCUGAACCAGGCCACGCAUUUGGGUGGAAAUCCCCGCUCCUUGCCGGUGCUGCGGGGGGGGCACGUCCCAGCCGGGACCCCCCCCCAGACACCCUCAGGGCCCUCGGCUGUGCCCUGACCUUGCUGUGCCUGCGGGGACGCCCUGGCUAUGCCAGCUGUGCCCUGUGCCGCAUGGGGACAUCGCAGCUGUGCCAGCCGUGCCGUGCACCCCAUGGGGACACCAUGGCCCUGCCUUGCACCCCGUGGCAAUGCCCUGGCCACGCCACCUGUGUCCUGCACCCCAUGGGGACCUCAUGGCCAUGCCAGCUACGCCUUGGACCCCGUGGGGAUGUCCUGGCUGUGCCAGCCACGUCCCAUGCCCCUUGGGGACAAACCGGCUGUACCUUGCACCCCGUGGGGACACCGUGGCCCUGCCGGCCAUGCCCUGUGCACGGUGCCCCAUGGGGACAACCCAGCCGUGCCAGCCACCCCAGCGCGGUGCCUGCCGGACGGCGCGCGGCGCUCGGGGCUGUGAAUAGUGCUGCGGUGGCCGAGGGGACCUGUUGCCAGGGAGAUCCGCUGGCAGCGAGGGACGGCGCAGAGGGGGGCGGCGGGGACAUGGCGGGGGCCAGCGCCAUGGUGGGGGCUGGGGGCUGCACCCACCCAAGGGGCCCUUGCUGUGGACCCCAAAGAACCAGGGGACCCAAGGGCUGUGGGGGUCACGGAGUCCCCCUGCCCCACGCACAGCCCUGAGCACAGGGCAGAGCAUCCCCAGUGCUGGCAUGGGGACGGGCUGGGGUCUCCCACAUCCAAUGCCCCUGUCCCCCGAGAUCCGGCCCAGGUCCCCCAAAAGCCACAGCGCCGUGACCCACAGUGUGUGGAGCGCCUCGUCCUGCUCCUCGGGGUCCCCGCUCCCCAGGGCCGCAGCCCUGCAGCGGGGUGGCACCGAGGCUCCUCGCUCCCAUGCAGCCAGGGGCUCCCGCGAAGCCCCCUCGCAGCCCCCCUGCGCCGCCCACGGCUUUUAUUAUUUUAAUUGCGUCACGGCUCUCGCUGGUUCCCCUGGAAACCGGGAGAAAAGGCCGGUCCCUGCGGGGAGGAGGAGGAGGAGGAGAAGGGCCCCUGCUCUGCGCGCUGCGGGCACCCGGCGCGGGCGGCUGCGCAUGCAGGGCCCUGUCCCUGGGACCACCGCGGUCCGCAGGGCCCUGCUGGGGGCGGUGGUCCCAUGGGAGCCCCUCGCACCAGGCCAGGUGCUUGGGGGCGUUUGCCAGCACCGCCAGGGCUGCAGCGAGCUGCCUGCCUGGGGCUCCGCACCGCACCAGUGCUCCCAGUGAGCAACUGGGAAGGGCUCGCAGCACAGCCCCCGGCGCCCGCUCCCACGCCGCGGCACCGGUGCCGGCGUCGCCCCGGCGGUGUC